AUGGCUCAUUUGGCUACUCUCCCUCAGGUUUCCUUUGCUGUUCCUGCUGGAAGCGAUACCACUCUAAGAAGAUCUGCUUUUAAGAUUCAAAAUAUAAGCUUUGGUGAUAAAUCAUGGGCUCCUGCCCUAGGUUUGGACUUGAAAUCAAGGAAUACUGGGUUGAAAAAUCGAUUUGUGGUAUGCAUGUCUGUGCAACAAGCCAGCAGAUCUAAGGUUGCCGUUUCACCUAUAGAACUUGAAGAUGCCAAGGAGCCUCCAUUGAAUAUAUACAAACCCAAGGAACCUUACACAGCAACAAUUGUCUCUGUAGAGAGGCUUGUAGGCCCAAAAGCUCCUGGAGAGACUUGCCAUAUAGUGAUUGAUCAUGGUGGUAAUGUUCCCUACUGGGAAGGACAGAGUUAUGGCGUAAUACCCCCUGGUGAAAACCCAAAGAAACCAGGGAACCCCCACAAUGUACGUCUUUAUUCAAUAGCAUCUACCAGGUAUGGAGAUUCAUUUGAUGGCAAGACAGCUAGUUUAUGUGUCCGUCGUGCUGUCUAUUUUGACCCUGAGACUGGAAAGGAGGAUCCUUCAAAGAGUGGUGUAUGCAGCAAUUUCCUCUGCAACUCAAAGCCUGGAGACAAGUUGCAGAUCACUGGACCUUCUGGCAAGAUAAUGCUUUUACCUGAGGAUGACCCAAAUGCUACCCAUAUAAUGAUUGCUACUGGCACUGGCAUAGCUCCAUUUAGAGGUUAUCUCCGGCGAAUGUUCAUGGAGGCUGUCCCUACAUAUAAUUUUGGCGGUCUUGCAUGGCUUUUCCUCGGGGUGGCCAACAAGGACAGUCUCCUCUAUGAUGAGGAGUUUACGAAGUAUCUCCAGGAUUACCCAGACCAUUUCCGGUAUGACAAGGCACUCAGCAGAGAACAGAAGAACAAGAGUGGUGGCAAGAUGUACGUGCAAGAUAAGAUUGAGGAAUACAGUGAUGAAAUCUUCAAACUCUUGGAUGGUGGGGCCCACAUCUAUUUCUGUGGACUCAAAGGAAUGAUGCCUGGGAUCCAAGAUACACUGAAGAGAGUUGCAGAACAAAGAGGAGAAAAAUGGGAUGAAAAGCUGUCACAGCUUAAAAAGAACAAACAAUGGCAUGUUGAAGUGUAUUGA